AUGGAAAAAAUUGUCACAAAAAUUGGUGAUGUUAUUAUAGAAAGAAGAAUAUCAAAACCAAAGAAUUCAUUAGAUUCUUCUUCCCCUUAUGGGGGAAAUAAUUUACAACAAUCCAAUCAUCAAAUAACAAGAGUUAAUUCUGAUUUGAUAAAAGAUAAUGAUAAUGAUGAUGAGACUAACUUAAUAAACCAGACUCAAUCAACUCAUUCUACGGAACUUAAUUUUAAUAAGAAUUUAAGUAAAUUAGGAAUAACAAGUACAUUUGAUAAACCAUACAAUGUCCAACACAUGCCUGAAAACAUUAGUACCAACAUCGAUGUUCAAAAUCAAGGUAUAUGCGUCAAUGAGACAAAUGAUGAUCGUUCUUCAUCUUCACAACAAACAACUCAUUCGCAAGAAAUAAAUUUAAGCGUUAAUGUCGAUCUGGAAUCUGGUCAAAAAUCUGAUGUUGAAAUGACGCAAGUAAAUGAUGCAGGUGUGAGCAUAGCUAAAUUUCAAAAAAUUGAUUCUUUUAGAAAACAAGGUAUUCAAAUAGAUAAGAUAGAACCUGAUUUAUCUAAAUUUUCCGGGAUUAGCAUAGAAAGAAGGAAAAGACCGGAUUGUGAAUCUCAACCCAAUGCUCCAUUUACUAAUAAUAUGUUAUCUCUAGAUCAAAGUAAUAAUCCGAGUAUCACCAUACAAAAAAUUGUUCAAAAUCCUUCGGCAAAUAAGGAUAGUUUUCUGGAAAAAAUCUCAUCGGAUGAAAUCAGGGAUUUUGUGGAUGUGAAAAACAUAAAAUUAGAAAAUGAUGAUAAAAUGGAAGAAGACUGUAAAAGAAAAUUUUUUAACAAAAUUUCUUUACCCCUAUCUACGAUGGAUGAUGUCGACGAGGAUGAUGAUGUAGAUUAUGAUAGUGGUGAUGAAGAUCUCCUCAAGUCGGAAUCGGAUGACAUUACAGUGGUCGAAGAUGACUUAUUCGAAAAAAGAAGUGAUGUUGUGAAUAAUUUAUGUGAUAAUGAAGAUGAACAGAUGAUUAACGAAGAAGAAUGUCCAGAAAGUAUUGUUAAAGCAGAAUUGAAAGAUUUAAUUAAAGAAAGUGAUGAUGAAUCUGACUUAAAAGAUGACAUUAAUGAUUUAGCUUGUACUGAAUUAGUGGAAUUGAUGAAAAAAGGUGAACUAGAGGGUGAAAUAGAAGAAGUCAAAGAUGAAGAAAUCAUUUCCGAAGAUAUUGAAAAAAGAAUUGGAAAACGGAAAUUGAGUGACAGUAAUUACAGUGAUGAUGAAGAUGAUGAUGAUGAGAGCAAGAGAAAAAGGGAAAGGAAAAAAAUUGCAAAAUUAGGAAAGAAGAAGAAGAAGAAAAAGAAGAAAAAAAAAUUGAAAAAAUUGUUGGAUGAAGCACAAAAAGACGGUGACCCAGAUAAAAAUGAAGAUGAAGGUAACAAAAAUGAAAACGAUUUAAAUUACAAACUUGACGCCGAUGGUGAUGGGGAUGACGAUGAAGAUGGAGACGACGAUGACGAUGACGACGAUGAUGAUGAUGAUGACGAUGAUGACGAUGAUGAUGGUAAUGGUGAAAAUAACGAGGACAAUAACCGUGGUGAGGAGGGAGAUGAAAAGAAAGCCAAGGAUAAAACUCUUGAUAAAUCAAAGGUGACAAAUGCCAAUUUAAGAAAGAACAUUAGGGAAGUUAUGGAUGAAACGAAAUUAGAUGAAGCGACUUUAUCUGCCCAGAGGCAGGAAGCGGAGAGAUUGAAAAGAUUACAAGAACAGCAAAGAAUCAUCAGGGAAGUUCAAAGGCAAAUAGCUCUCAAUCGUCAAAAUCAAAAAAAUCAAAAUAAAGUUUUAUCGCUUUUACAAGGGAAUUCGCAAACAUCCAUACUAAAGACAAGUUCUGUGUCUUCUCAAGUUCAAAGUUCGAAAAUAAAAUUGCCCAAUUCUGUUUUGGUGAAACUGAGUAACGGCGAGCAAACUAGUUUAAACAAUAAAAAAAUGAUAGAACUCCUUAAAAAUUCAAAAAAUAAAACGAUAUUAGGAAAACCUCAGAUAACUAAAACAUUAUUCAAACAAGGUAUGGUCACGCCAUCCGUUUCCAUUGCUCCGAUAAUUAAAAAAGAUCAACCUGUGGACGAUAAGAAAAAAAAGAAAGGUGACGUAGUGACAAUUUCAUCGGAUUCCGAAGAUGAUUGCAUAGUACUCUCGGACGAAGAUGAAUCCGAACCCGAGGAAGAUCCGACGAAUUCCGGCAUGCACACAAAUGAUAAAUACAAUAUUCCCGACGAAAAAGGUCGCAUCAUUGUCAAUGUCGGUCAUCCGGAAUCCGAAUCGGAUUUAUACCUUGCUCCUCAAAUCGCAAAAAUAAUAAAACCUCAUCAAAUCGGUGGAAUACGUUUUUUAUACGAUAACGUUAUCGAAUCCAUCGAACGAUUUUCAUCAUCGGCAGGUUUCGGAUGUAUAUUAGCUCACUCAAUGGGUUUGGGAAAAACUUUGCAAAUCGUAUCAUUUUCGGAUAUAUUUCUAAGGUACACCUCAGCGAAAACUAUACUCUGCAUCAUGCCGAUAAACACAAUUCAAAAUUGGUUGGCCGAAUUUAACAUGUGGCUACCGAAGGGUGAAUCGUCGGAAGAAAUGCGAUGCCGGGAUUUCGAUUUGUUCAUAGUCAACGAAUCGUUGAAAAACAUACACGCGAGAGCCAAAGUCAUAUUGGACUGGCAAAAAGCGGGCGGAGUUCUUUUGAUGGGCUACGAACUUUUCCGUUUGUUAUCCCUUAAAAAAUCCCACAAAUCGAAAAAGAAAAAACGGGAUUUCGAAGAAACGGAUUUAAAAAACAAAGAACUCAUAGAAGAAGUUUACUCAGCCUUGGUCGUUCCCGGACCCGAUUUAGUCAUAUGCGAUGAAGGGCAUAGAAUAAAAAAUAGUCACGCAUCGACGUCGCAGGCUUUAAAACAAAUCCGCACAAAAAGGAGAAUCGUUCUCACCGGUUAUCCUCUUCAAAAUAAUUUGCUUGAAUAUUGGUGCAUGGUUGAUUUCGUUCGUCCAAAUUAUCUUGGAACCAAAACCGAAUUUAGUAACAUGUUCGAGAGGCCUAUACAAAACGGACAGUGCAUAGAUUCCACUCCACAAGAUAAAAGACUGAUGAGAUACAGGGCUCACGUUUUACAUUCUCUAUUGGAAGGUUUCGUUCAGAGGAGGAGUCACGCCGUAUUGCAAAGCACCCUACCCGAAAAGGAAGAAUACGUUUUACUUUUGAGAUUUACUGCAUUUCAAAGAAAACUAUACGACACUUUUAUGAACGAAGUGGUCCGAACGGUAGCAGUCCCGAAUCCUCUGAAAGCUUUUGCCGUUUGUUGCAAGAUAUGGAAUCACCCCGACGUUUUGUAUAACUUUUUAAAAAGAAAAGGAGAAGAAAUAGAUUUGGAUCUUGAGGAAACUUUGCCUCCCUCUCUUCAAAUCCCUCAGUUUCCGUACAAGCCUCAAAAUUCGGAAAAUGACGGUUCGAAUCAACAACCGCCAGGAGGUUUUCCUUGGCCCCGAAGAGGACCGGGUUCCAGAGGUGGAAAAGCUCGUCAAACUAAUGCGCGAAAGGUCGGGAGAGGACGAAAACCUGCGGCAACGAUUCCACCAAACGUUUCCUCCGACGGAAAAAUGAGAAAUCAAUUUAACACGGAGUCAUUUGUGAAUAACGAAAACUUUUCAAAUCAAAGUGUCAACCAUGAAAAUUUUCACGGGAGAAGUUUUCACUCGAAUCAAUUCGGUUUUCGAAACGAAUACGAUAAUCACCACGGAUACCCGAAUCCGCUUUUCAAUAAGAAUCCUUUGAACAACUUGGAGGAUUUAUCGACAAACAAUUUUCAAACGAAAAGGUUUUUUCCACAUUCGGGAAGUACCGGGAAUCCACUUCAUGCUCAAUACGGGAACGCAACUCAGAAUUUCGAUUCUUCCGGACAAAGGGACGCAAGUUUUAAUCAAACAAAUUCCAACGAAUCCGGGAUAAACUCAAGUUUUAACUCUAGUUUAAAUUCAAACAAUUCUAGUUUCAAUCAAAGUGAAUUGUCCAAAACAUACGAUUACAAUCACGAAUUCAAUCCCGAAUUCUAUCCCUUAAGCAAUUUUCAAAAUCCGAGUCACAAUAAUAAUAAUAAUAAUAAUAGUAAUAGUAAUAACAACAACAACAACAACAACGGCAGCAGUAAUAAUAAUAAUAAUAACACGAGUUCGAAUUAUUCUAGAGACAACAAAUCGCAAGUUUUCACUUCGAGUUCGUCGUAUUUUCAUAAUACGGGAUUUCGAAAUUCCGAAAAUUUUGAUUAUCAAUCGAGCAACGUCAAUGCGAAUUUUCCCAAUUUCGAUAGGUCGAAUUCUAAUUUUCAAACCGGUAACGGGAGAAUGGGAUCGAAUCAAAGGUUGACGGGUCCACCCGGACAAGUAUCGUCGAAUUAUCAAAGUUCGACAAUGGGUACCAAUUUUCAAAACGCGAAUUCCAAUUUGAAUCCCAACUAUUCGAGUAAUUUUCAAAAUUCUAAUUUGAAUUUCGAAUCCGGUCGAUUCAACAACGCCAAUUCGCAAAAUUUUCAAACGAACAAUUUCGAGCCGGGUCGAAGUAAGAGUUAUCAAGAGCCGACGUCGUCGGAAUCGAAUUUUUCCAACAGCAGUUACGAGCACGGGUUUUGGCAUCAAACGAAUUGGAUGUAUCCCGAAUCGGGGAAAAAUAAUACGGGAGGAUACCGGGAAACCUCGGGAAGCAAUAAUAAUAAUUUUCUUCAGUCUCAAAAAUUCAACGCAUUCGACGGGAGACUCGAACCGAAGCAAUCCGAGGAGGGGAAAAACAUGGGGGCUCAGAGUAACAAUAGUGCAAUAUACCAGAAAUUAAAUUGUGAUUAUUUACAAACAACAAAUGAGAAAAAAAAUGAUUUAGAAUCGAAAGUGAACGCAAGUGAUUUCGACGAGAGCAAGGGAACGAAGACGAUGGAGGAAGAGGAGAAAAAAGAGGAAACGUUGAAAACGACGUCGUCGGAAACGACGGUUAAAAAAGAAGAUACGUCACUUCCUUACGAUUGGGUUGGAGAUUUAUUUAAAAAUUACGUCACGGGCGUUAUAGAAAAUUCAUCGAAAAUGGAAGUUUUCUUUCAAAUCGUUACCGAAUCCGUGAAAUUGAAUGAUAGGAUAUUGGUUUUCAGUCAGAGUCUCCUCACUCUCGAUCUCAUCGAAGUUUAUUUACACCAACAAAAGGUUCCUAACAAAGAAGAAGAAGGAGAAGGAGGAGGAGGAGGAGGAGAAGAAGUUUGGACCAAGAAUAAAAAUUAUUUUCGAUUGGACGGAAGCACUCCCGGUUUGGAAAGAGAAAAAUUAAUUAACGAAUUCAAUGCAAAUCCUAACAUACACAUGUUUCUAGUAUCCACAAGAGCGGGAUCUCUGGGUAUAAAUCUCGUCGGAGCUAACAGAGUUAUCGUUUUCGACGCGUCCUGGAAUCCCUGUCAUGAUACUCAAGCCGUUUGUAGAGUUUACAGGUACGGACAACGUAAGCAGUGCUUCGUGUACAGGUUGGUCAUGGACAGUUGUUUGGAGAAAAAAAUUUACGAUCGUCAAGUGAACAAGCAGGGAAUGGCGGAUAGAGUCGUCGAUGAAUUAAAUCCCGAUGCUCAUCUAUCUAUCAAAGAGGUGACAAAUCUCUGUUGGGACGAUCAAGAGGAUACGGCCGUCACUGAUUUUUCCCACUUAAAAGAUAAAUACACGGAUGAAAUAAUUAAAAUUUUAUUGGAGCGAUGCAGUAAAUUACUAUCGAAGGAACCGUUCAAGCACGAGUCUCUCCUUAUCGAUCGAAAAGAGAAAAAAUUAUCACAAGCCGAGAAAAGACUUGCUAAAAGAUCCUACGAAUUGGAAAAACAAGCUGCCAAUCAACCUAAAAGUAUUUAUUCGUAUUUUCCAAAUGCGAAUCAAAGAAAUUUCGUCAAACCCAUCGCAAGCGUGAGACCUAUGCAAAGUGAAAUGAACAUGAGAAUAUCUCCUCAAAUGCAAAGAGGAACGAAAUGGAUACCCGCGGAUGUUUGGCAAAAACAGGGAAUGUCUGCGCAAGAAAUGACGCUGCCUUUGGAUGUCGUUAUACCGACCAGCUCCCCCGAAAAAACAUCGAUAGUUUUAAAAGCGGGACAAAGGGUCAUGGUGUUGAAAUCGCCGAAAGGUAUUUACAUGCAAUUGGAAAAUGGAAAAAUAAUUGCCAUAAGAUCAGCUUUUAAAGUAGGACAAAACGGGCCCGGAGGUAACGCGAAAAACGAAGAAGGCAAAAAAGAUGUGUCUACUUCGGUUCAACAAUCAUCGUUAAAAACGAAUACGACUCCCAACGUUGGAACAUCUCCGAAAAUUUCUCAAGCCGGUAGACCAGGGUUAUUGAAACAACCUUUCGUAAAGCCCGUCAUGAAAUUCGCAGACAAAAAAGUUACCGUCAACAUAAAUGCGGCGAGAUCUAGGCAGAUUAUGGGAAAAGCGAAACCGUUUGUACUCAAUAAUAAUUCGCAAUCGGAAGACAAGCAAAAAGUUAUACCGGAAGUAGACAUAACGAUAACAUCGGAUAAAAAAUUAGAUGCGAGUGAGCCAACCAUUAUAGAAGAUAAAAUUAUCAAUAAGGAACAAAUUGCGACCACGACGACGACGACGUCAUCGUCGUCAUCUAUGACUAUGACGGAAAAUCCACGAAUAAUUCACGACAAAAUUGUCAAUAUUUCAAAUGAAAAGACUGAACACAAACCGGAACCCAAAUCCGAAUUGACUGACUCUCUAGAAACAUUAAGGAAAGUGACGGAAAAAAUAAGCGACGGUGCUAGUAAAGAAGAAUUAGAAUCCGAAGUUAAAUAUUUAUCAAUGAAUCCACUGAAAGAUUAUCGGCAGAAUUUCACUAGUCAAGUUAAAGAAAAUCCAUCUCCCAUUGAGGAAAUAAGAAAGGAAAAAAGUGAAAGCAGAAGCGAAAAUAAGGAAGACAAAACGGAGAUAAACGCGAGUGUCGGACAAUCGACGGGAAAUGAAAACAUUCAAAAUUGGUUGAUGAAUCAAUCAUCGUAUCCGGCCGUGGAUCCCUACGUGAAUUAUUUUCCGGGAUAUUAUGCUUACGGUGCAAGUCCUAGUUCUUUGAUGCCGCCGUACGAUGGAUUUUACCCCCCUGGUCAUUACAAUCAUCCGUCGAGUAGAAAUUCUUCCGUGAUAUCUCAAAAUUCUCAGCAACAACAAUCUUCUCAUCAGCAGCAACAACAAUCUUCUCAUCAGCAGCAACAACAAUCUCAGCAUCAGCAAUCGCAACCACAACAACAGAAACAAUCGUCACAACAACAACAACAACAGCCACAGCCACAACAACCACCGCCACCGCAAACAUCUUCACAACCUCAGCAAACAGAUAAAAGAAAAGAAAAUUCACAUUCAUCUCAUCAUUCUCAUUCUAAUUCAGUUUCUAAAAACGUACAAAAUUCAUCCUCGUCCAGGAAUCCUCCUCCAGUGAACACUUCCUCCGUGUACCCACCAUAUCCGAAUCCUUAUCCGUAUCAUUACAAUUAUCCCAGUACAGCUAGCUUCAAUAGUCAAGGAUUUUCACUCUCGAAUCAAAAUCAAACUUCUCAACAUUCGAGUCAACAAUCUCGAAGCGGAAGCGGCAGCAGCAGCAGCACAAAUUCUUCUCUUUCGGCUCAAAGUCAACAAUCCUCGUACGACAAUUCAAUGUACAGUGCUUUUCACAGACCGGAAACGACUUUUCAAAAUUCCGAAAAUCCUUACACCGCUCCGUAUUCUCGUCCACCCUACACGAGUUCGAGCACUCCCAGUUUUUUCCCUUACAAUUCUCCUUAUCCGAAUUAUCCUUACCGGCCUAAUUUCAAUCCUUACAUGCCUGCAACCGGGUACGGCAUGUACGGUAAUCCCUCCAGCAACAGUCAAAAUACUAAUUCCCUCCCGGGAAAUCUGAGCAUAUCGAACGCGAGUGGAAACGUCAGCAGCAUUAGUGGCGGUGGUAGCAGCACCAAUACGAACAACAACAGUUGA